AUGAAUCUCUAUCCAGAUCUGGGUAUGGGUCUUCGACCCAAUCAUUCGUCAUCAAUACCUAGCUUAAACUUGAGUUCACCGACGAAUUCUCAACGACCUAAUCUUCCAUCGUAUGUUAAUGAAGAACUGUUACGUUCAUCUUCAUCCGAGAAUUCAUUCGUGAAUGCCAUUAGUAAUGGUACUCUAUUAUCACCAGCACGACAAAAACUUUCAUUACCAUCAUUUCUACCGAGUCCAAGUCGUUUUAUACAACAAUUACCAGCUUCACCAGCUAGUCUUUUGUUAAGUCCACUACUUAAAAAGAGUGAUACUGAAAAAUCAUUAGCUUCAUCAUCAAGUUUAUUAAAUAAUGAUGAUGAAACAAAUUUAAUUGAACAUAUUGAUCAUUAUUUUACUAGACGUCGACAAUAUUUACAACAUAAUAUUGAUGUAUCACUUAACAUUAGUAAAUGGGUACUCGAAAAUAUUGUUUUCUAUUCAGUUGAAACACUAAGACGUCAAGCUCAAAUUCAAAGUGAAUCAUCACGUUCGUAUCUAACGCCAUUAUCUGCAAUUCGAAUGAUUUAUACAAUGAAAUAUCAACAAGGAAGUGGUGUAUUAUGGAAAGGAUGUUUUAGUUCACUUAUAUUAACAACAGCUGAAACAAUUACAGAUAAUUUAAUUGAUGAAAUCGCUCCAUUCAAUGAUCCAUCAUUAAGAAUUAAACAUAUUAGUUUAAAAACAAUUAGUUCAUUUCUACUUAUUCCGAUGUAUUCAGUUCAUCUUCUUCGAUCUAUUCAAUCUGAUUUAACAAUUGUUAAUCAUUGGUCACCAUUAACAAUUUUUAUUGAACCAUUUCAACGUUUACUUGGAAUAAAAACUGGUUUUUAUGCACGUGCAUUACCAUUAUGGUAUCUUAUAUCAUUAAGUUUACCAUAUUUUGUUGGACGACAUGCAUUACAAUACUUUUUAAAUCAACAUUUUUUUAGAAUAAGAGAAGAACAUUUUCAUAGAAAAGAACAAUCAACAAAUCCAGAUAGAAAUCAGUUCGAAACAAUUGAUGAUAUUGAAUGUCGACUUAUUGAUACAAUUCCAAAUCUAGUCAAUCAAUCAUUUUUACGUAUAGAAGCAAAUAUAUUUUCUGUAUUUCUAUCAAGUUUUCUACUUUAUCCAUAUGAAACUAUACUCAAUCGUUUAUUUGUACAAGGUACACGAACAAUUGUUGAUAAUCUGGAUAAAACUGGUGUUGGAUGUGUACCAAUAAAUACACGUUAUGAAGGAGUUUUUGAUUGUUGUCGAACAAUUAUUGAAACAGAGGGAAGUUGGGGACGUGGAUUUUUUAAAGGUAUUGGAUUUUUAAUACUUAAAUUUGGUUUAAUCUACGCAAGUGCACAUUGUUUAAAAAUUGUUAUUGAACGAUUAGCAAUUAUUUAUACGCAAAAUACAAGUGAAUUAGGUAAAUUUCAUCAUUAUAUUAUUUCAAAACAAGAUCAAGAGUCGCAAUCAAAUCAAUAUGAAUCCAACUAA